GUUCAGAAUUUAUGGAACUUGACCCUGAAUUGUAUGGCUUGCGUAGAUCUCGACGCAUGGCUAGUACUUCUCGUGCUGUCAGUUACAAGUUACCUUCAACUUCAGAAGAAGAUACUGAUGGUGAUGAACUCGAUCCUUCUAUUACAUCAAGAAAACGUAAGAAGACCUUGAUGGUAGGAAAGAAAAUCCUUCCAAAGAAAAAGUCAAAAACUUUAAAAUCCCUUGUUUGGGAUAACUCCGCUUCUAAUUCGAACGAUGAAGACAGUGUCUUUGCUUCUUCUCCUCAGACUAAUAAAGAUACUUCGUCUACAAAUGACACCGACGAUCCAGAGUGGCAUUCUUCAAAGAAUGUUUCAACAUCAACAUCAUCAAGGCAAAAGAAAAACACAUUCCUUAACGCUAACGACUUUAUAAUGGAAAAACGAUACUCAAGGCGUGCCCGUACAAUCACAAAUUAUAACGAAGACGAAAUUGAUAAACGACUUGGGUUGGAAGUCUAUGAGGAUGAUGUGCUAAUUGAUGAAUAUGCUCAACCCGAAGAAGAGGAAAAUGUAAUUGAAAGCAUUCACGAUAUAAGGAAGAUAGAGGGUAUAGAUAAUGGACCAGCGAAUCCGAGAACAAAUAUGGAAUUCUUUAUUAAAUGGAAGAGCUGGAGUCAUUUGCAUAAUACAUGGGAAUCUUAUGAAAAUCUCCGAGGCCUAAAAGGAUUCAAGAAGUUGGAAAACUUUAUCAAGAACUAUGAAGCAGAGCAGCAAGCAUUAUUAGAAAGUCCGGAAGAUAAAGAAACGAAUGACGUCAAGAUGGAAAUGUUUAGAGAUAUAUUAAAAGAUUAUAAGACAGUGGAACGAAUUAUAGCGGAGAAAACCUCGUCUCCAACCGAGGAGAAUCCUUUGCCAAAUACCGAAUAUUUAUGUAAAUUCAAACGUCUCCCCUACCAAGAUUGCACUUGGGAGACAUUUGAUGAGACAAAAAUAAGAGAUUUUCAAUCAGAAAUUGAUGCUUUUCAAAAACGUAAUAAUAAUUUACGAGUGCCCACUAAAAGCAAAUUAUACAGCAAGAAUCGUCCCGCGUUUAAACCAUUAACAUCACAACCUUGCUACCUCAUUGGGGGCGAACUUCGGGAUUUUCAACUAACUGGAUUGAAUUGGUUAGCUCAUUUAUGGGCUAAAAAUGGGAACGGCAUACUUGCUGAUGAGAUGGGUCUCGGAAAAACUGUCCAAACCAUUUCAUUCCUUUCAUACCUAUACCACGAAAAGGAACAAUUUGGACCUUACUUGAUCGUCGUACCUCUGUCAACGAUCGGGUCUUGGCAAAAGGAGGUUAAAUUUAAGAGGAAGGACAAGGAUAAAAAGAGGGAUGAAAAGGUAGUUGAAAAAG